AUGCCUCACCUCUUCACCCUCGCCGCCGUGCUCAGCACAGCUUUCCCUCUCACCAACGCUUGGGGCACACUGGGCCAUGAGACCGUCGCCUUCAUCGCCCAGGAUCGCAUGGCUGCUCAUACCGUCUCCUGGGCUCAGAGCGUCUUGGGCAAUACCAGUACUUCGUACCUGGCGGGGAUCGCUGCCUGGGCUGAUACAUACCGCUACACUGCCGCUGGAGCUUUCAGUGCUCCGUUCCACUUCAUUGACGCAGAAGAUAGUCCACCAACUUCGUGUAGUGUGGACUAUGACCGUGAUUGUGGCGCUAAGGGAUGUGUCGUCAGUGCCAUUGCAAACUACACCCAACGUGUCGUCUCCACUACUCUGAGCAAGACUGAGGUCAAUGACGCCCUCCGCUUCAUCGUGCACUUCGUUGGCGACAUCCACCAACCCCUCCACGACGAAGCCCUCGAAGUCGGCGGCAACGACAUCGAUGUCACUUUCGCCGGCGCCUCGACAAACCUCCACCAUAUCUGGGACACUGAAAUUCCUGAAAAGUACACCGGUGGUUACUCUCUCGCUGAUGCUAAAGCUUGGGCGAAGACGCUCAAUGCGGCUGUUAACAGCGGUAUCUAUGCUUCGCAAGCUGCAAGCUGGAUCAAGGGCUUAGAUGUCACUGAUCCCAAGACCACUACUCUGGGUUGGGCGUCUGAGGCCAAUGCAUACGUCUGCUCCACUGUUAUACCCGACGGCCAAGGUGCAGUGGAGAAUGUGGAUCUCAGCGGGGCUUACUACAAGUCAGCUAUCCCGGUAGUCGAACUCCAGAUUGCAAGGGCUGGAGUCAGACUGGCUGCUUACUUGGAUGCUGUGGCGAAGAAUCAGAAGGUGCUGUCCAAGCGGCUUGCCGAGGAUGAGGUGGAUCUGAGUGGAGGGAGUUUGUUGCCUGCUGAUAGACCGCUGAGCAAGGCGAAGUUGGUGAGAGAGGCUGUUGGAUAUGGAUGCAAGCAUUGA